CAACUUCGAAAUGUUGCGGACAGGGACAACCAAAACAUAACCAAACGCUUCAUUGGAAGGAACGAUUAGGUCUUUUUCAAAGAAGGUGCAUCGCCCGGCGAGUUUCACCUUGAAUGGCUUUUACCGCUAUUUCGAUAUUUCCCACCUUUUCCAACUGUGAUUUUUUUAUGAUGCAAAAUUGAAAAACAGUGAAAGAAAAGCAUCAUGUUGACAGAAUCUGUGUCCGAUCCCCGGCGUGCGAAUUGGUUAACAAUUUCCAGCAUGUCCGAAGAUUUAUGUUGGCCUGAGGAUAACAAUACGUCCAGGCCAAGUUGGGAGUUGGAAGCUGAAAUUCUGAGGUUGACGACAAGACUUAUGAUGCGAGAAAGAGAACUGAAACAGGUGAAGAGUCAGCUUAAAACUCAAACUACUAAGUCCCAACAGCAAGCAAAUAACUGGAGACGAAAGAUAGAAGAAAAAGAAGAACAAAUGCGAGAACUUUUGAUUCAAAAAGACAACGAAAUGCAAGGAAUUGUGUCUCAAUUGCUUCUUUUUGAAGCCGAACUUCGUCAAGAGCAAUCGCGAAUCGAAAGACUCCUCAAAGAGAAAGACGCUCAAAUAAAUUCUCAGCAAAAAGAACUGGAACGUUUAAAGUGCGUCAUAGACUCUCAGAUCUCGAAUUUCCCGAAAUGCAACAACGGCAUUCGAAAAAGUGGCUCCAUAAGUUCCUGCGAAGACAGUGAUAAAGACAUUUACAAAACGACGAGUCUACAACGGCGGAGCUUCUCAGUCGAAGAGCCUGUCACGACAGACUCGCAGCACGCAGUGCAGAAGUUGAAGGAUGGACUUCUCAAAAUUCGUGGCAUACAAGACGUGACCAAUGUGAAGAAAUCGAUUGAUUUGGCUUAUGACUCUGUUAUCACGGACAAAAAACGUAUUCCCUAUAGGGCUCCUCAGAAAAUGAAAGACCUAAAAGCCAAGAGAAUGAACUCUCACAACAAAAUCCAUAGACCUGUGAUAAGUGAACUUUGUACGCAAGCAAUUCUGUGAUUCCUUUGUUAAGUUAAAUACAGAUUUAGUCACAUUUUAUGUAUAAAAUACAAAUGAUAAAAGUUCAGAAAUAACUGAAACAUUGAUUGACCCCAAACGUUUAACGGAUGUAUGAAUUAUCAAUUAAACAUAUCUUCCCCUUUAAUAUGUUUCUCAGUGGAACACAGAUAAUAACAAUAUUUUGAAAUUUUUUACUAUUGACAAUUAAGAAAAUUGUCAAUUUUGAAUUAUUGAAAAUUCUUAACCUUUCGCGGAUGGCUGGGGCAAUAUAUGCUCUAGAGAUAAAAAGAAAACUUGUUUUAGAAGGGGCGGGAUUGGUGGUACAUUCUAAGUGAAAAAUAAUUCGAAAACCGUCUUUAUUUGUUCGAGAGACAAGAGUAAAGAAACAUGCCAUUGGUAUACAGGGUACAUUGUAAUCACCAUUCAAUAUAUAUAUCUAUAAAAUCGUUGUCAAAAAUUAUGCAAAAAGCACCUAUUAAGAGUCUCAAGUUAUUUUUUAAGUGAAGGAAACGCAAAAACGAUAUCAAAAACUUGCGAACAACUAUUGAAGAAAAAAGAUUUAAAAACAUCAAAACCAGUUUGAUUGACCUACGAAAUUUGGAAAUGUUUCUAUUUGAAGUCUUUUAACUCAGUUUCCUCCAGCAAUCUAAUAGGUUUUGAUGUUUUUAAUCUCGUCUUUCUUGUUUAUGAUUGGCCAGAUUUUAAAAUUUUUUUUCACCUCACUUGAAUCAUCAAUUUGCUGCCUUUAUUGUGCAUUUUUUAAAAUUUUAUUCUACUCUUGACCAAGAUCUUAAAAGUAUAUAUUAAGGGCAGUGUUCACCGGAACAGCGUGUAUAUCGGAUAAAGAUGUAAUAAAAACGAAAGGUUAAGCAAUGAAAAUUACAUUCACGAUUAUCUUAAGAAAAUAAGAACAAUUACACUGGGGAACAAGUUUUUUUGUUGUUGCAUGAGACUUUUUUUUAAACGGAUCUAGGAUAUUUUCAUAUAGCUGAUUUCAAAUCUGCAAUUGGUUUCUUUUUCAGAGCCACAAUUUUUAAAUCGAAAUGUACAAGUUUAAAAACGUUCGACAAUGGGUUCUUAUGAAAUUUUAAUCCUGAUGAUAUGCUUUAACUCUCCUAGAAGUUUGUUGCAACAUUUACGCGAUACCCUGUUAUAUAUAAAGUUUUUAAAGUUGUACAUUUUGGCGAAAAAUGUCAUUAAAAAAUCUGUAGCUUUAGGAGCAAAACUAAUUUCAGAUUUGAAACCCUUUAACCCGAAUUAGUCAAGAUCAAUUAAUUGUAUAUAUGCAACAACGAAUUUGCUCUCCAAUCUUAUUCACAAGGAUAUUUCAUACUUUUUAAAAUUUGGAGUCUAAAAAAUAGUCAUGUAAUAAUUGAGUAGUGUUUCAUUUGUAUCUGAUUUUUUUUUUCUUCCUUAGCUUUUUUAUAAAAAAAAAAAGCAUCAGCGUAAAACGGAGCGUUGCAAUUACUGUAAAAUGUUUUUAUAAAUAUGUGUUACUUUUCUUUAUUUUAAAAAAAAGGUGUAUAAAACACGGCGAAUGACAAUGGUGUAGUUUAUUUUAGUCCUGGAAUGUGUGCUGAGUCUUUUAACUAUUUUGUUUUAUUAGUAGCAGCUACUUUUUUUUCCUUUCUAUUUUUAGCCGAAGUUUUAUUUUCAUGAAAUUUUAAUUACAUAUAGCCAUUUUCUUACUAUAGUUUUUAAGAGAAUGAACAUGACUGUUUUUUUUUGGGGGGAUAUGACGCUUGUUUAACUGGUUCCCCCAAGUGCAGCAGCCGUAAAGCGGGUUAAUUAUGAACAAUAUGCCCACUCUAGAAAGUACAUAUUUCAAUAUUGAUAAUCUGAGCUUAAAAAUUUUAGAAAUGUCAGUAUCUUUUAAUCUGUUGGCUUCUGACUGCUAAAAGAAAUUAUUCAAUUUAGGAUAGGAUGGUAAUCUAAAUAUAAUUGCAACAGUGAGCAACCAUUUCUCGACACAGAAAGAAAAUGUCCGCUUUUUGAAUUAAGUUUUAAUCUGAAUUGCCAGUAAAUUAUUUCUUAGUUUAAUGAAAACAAUAUCGAUUGUCUUAAUAAAAGCUAAUAUUUUUGACAUUUACAGAACAUUCACCCUUUGUUUUUCUUUAAUAAAAUCACAUUAAAACAAUUUUUUCUGUGAAAAAAUAAGCCUAAUUACUGUAUAUGUGAAUAUAGUGGUUUAUAUAAAUUACUUGCAUCUAUAAUUUUUAAAUAAAUCUUAGAGCAUUAAUUUUUAAUGUGUUUUAAUUGAAUUUUUUCUUCUUAUAAAUGUUUCAGAAUUUAGAUUUUUUUUCUUGUAGUAUUUCUAAAAUUUGGAAUUUAAUUUUAUUUUUAGGUACUUUUUUUUAAAUUGAAAUUAGUUAAUAAAAACAAUGAAAUUUUUUACGCACAUUAUCUAUGUAGUUUUUUACACUUAAUUUUUGGUUGAAAAACAGGUUCCCCUACAAGUAAUGACAAUUUAAGACAAAUUUCAUUUAACUUUGUACAGGUUUAACUCUUACUAUUGGUUAAAUUGAAAUUCUAUUUUGUGAUAACCUGAUUUUAUUCUUCAUAAAUAGUAUUUUGUGCUUUUGGAGAUUAUUUAUCAAAUUAAUGUUUGAUUCUAUUCAAUGAAAGGAAUUGUACUAAAAAAUAAUGAAUGAAAUUAUUUUCUAAAUGUUUGUAAAUAAUAAAUAAAUGUUUUUUAUUUCCUUGAA